AUUAUGCGAUUGCCAAGCCUGAGAUCCUGACCCGGAUUGAACAAGGAGACUCCUUGUAUGAUACAACUGUUGAAACCAUGUCUGAGAAUGACACACCAGCACAUCCUGGCACAGAGUCCCCUGUUGCUCCGGUUGAUGUUUCUUUGUGGCUGAAAGAAGAAGUAGAAGGACCUCAAGGCGGUGGCAUCAUCAGGCCUCCUGAGGAGAUCAGUGCUGGACUUCAUGAGGGUUCUUCGAUGGAGUAUGUAGACAUACCCUCUGGGAUUAAAGAGGAGAUGGAGGAGGUGUGCUUGGGCCCCGGGGAGUCCCACAGAGAGCACAUGCAAUACGAUCCUAGUGAGGGUAGGUACCCCUUUCUAUCGAGAGCUAUAUAGCAUUUAAACUUAUAUAUCGGUUCAUUGUGCUUUACAGCCCACUCUGAGCCAUUUAGAGUCCGUAUAUUGACCCCAACAAUCUGGCUUCUCUUUUUAACUCACAGUUGAAGUCCUACUGGGCUGUGGUAUCUAUAUAUUUCUUUAUUCUGAUCAUUGCUGUUAUCAAUAGAGGGCGAUAUUUGAAGCUCAGGAUUGAACGGUGGAGUCCUUGGUGCUCUCUGAACUUGGCAACAUCAUCAAUCCUGUAGGUAGUGGGGUUUGCAGAGGAGAAGAAAGCGGGGAGGAGGAGGGCUGGGUGGCCCUUGGUGCACUCUGAGCUUGGUGGUUUACUUUUAGACGUUUCAUG